AUGCGGCGCGCGGCCGCCGCCUCCGCCUCCUACAGCACGCGCGUCGUGCGCACCAAGUACGGGCCGGUGCGCGGCCUGGUGCUGCAGCAGACGGUCGAGGCCUUCCUGGGCGUGCCGUACGCGUCGCCGCCCGUGGGCGCGCUGCGCUACAUGCCGCCGCUGACGCCGUCGCCGUGGAGGCACACGCGCCUCGCCGACGCGCUGUCGCCCGUCUGCCCGCAGCGCACGCCUGACAUCUCCAACCGCAGCGACGCGCUGCUGCGCUUCCCGCGCGGCCGCCUGCGCCAGCUCGAGCUGCUGCUGCCGCUGCUCGCCAACCAGAGCGAGGACUGCCUCUACCUCAACCUCUAUGUGCCGCGAGCCGGUAACAAUGCGCCGCUGCAACAGAAAGCCGCCGGCGCCGGGCGUGCAGCACUUGAGGCGUUUUACGGCGGAAGUGUUUUUGUAAUAAGCGGAACCACAGCGACGCGACUUCAUCAGGCGCGGGGCGCCGCCGUGAAUAUUUCAUGGAAAUCGGCGGCCUCCGCACGUGAGGCAGCCAUUACUGCCGGCUCCGACACCCCCGCCCACAGGUGGCGCAACGACAGCGCGUGCCUCCGCCGUGAGUUCAUUGACAUCGUCGAAGUUCUGAAUUGA